CCUCCCCUUCAGUCUUGCACAGGUGUACCAGCUCCUCCCCUUCAGUCUUGCACAGGUGUACUGGUUCCUCCCCUUCAGUCUUGCACAGGUGUACCGGCUCCUCCCCUUCAGUCUUGCACAGGUGUACUGGUUCCUCCCCUUCAGUCUUGCACAGGUGUAUCGGCUCCUCCCCUUCAGUCUUGCACAGGUGUACCGGCUCCUCCCCUUCAGUCUUGCACAGGCGUACCGGCUCCUCCCCUUCAGUCUUGCACAGGUGUACCGGCUCCUUCCCUUCAGUCUUGCACAGGUGUACCGGCUCCUCCCCUUCAGUCUUGUACAGGUGUACCGGCUCCUCCCCUUCAGUCUUGCACAGGUGCACCGGCUCCUCCCCUUCAGUCUUGCACAGGUGUACCGGCUCCUCCCCUUCAGUCUUGCACAGGUGUACCGGCUCCUCCCCUUCAGUCU